AUGGCUGCAGCUCGUGCCAAGCUCGCGGAAUUGCGCGCUCUGAGAGCCUCCGGAAAGAAACGACUUACCACGUACGAAAUUGAAGACGACGGAGACAUUUACGAUGAAGUUGAUGAGGAAGGAUACAAGAAACUUGUGCGAAAACGGCUGGAUCAAGAUGAUUUCGUUAUUGACGAUGCUGGCGAGGGAUACGCUGAUGAUGGACGAGAAGAGUGGAACGACUCCAGAAGAUACUACAGCGACAGUGACGGCGACGAGCUGCCGUUGAAGGGAAAGGCUGCCAAAAGGAAACGAGAGGAAGAUGAUCAGAGGAAGGAGAAGAUUAAUAAUUGUAUUAGUAAAUACUUUAACACAGGGCCAGCGGCCAAGGCUACUUCAAAGCCAAAGCCUGUUGCUUCGGCUGAAGAUGAAGCCUUCAUGGCGGAUCUCCUCGGUGAAGUUGAUGCGAACCCUCUCCCUUCUCGUGCUCUCCCAAAGAAGGCUUUGAAAUCCGAUACACGGCGGAAAAUUCACAUCAUCUCACCACCUCUUUCUCAGGAGACGGCCUCCAAAAGGACUAAGGGAAGAAAAGAACACCCAUCUAGUCCUCUCGUUGUUCCCAAGGCGGAAUUGGAUCUGGAGAAUAAUCCUGCAUGGCUGGAUGCUGAGGAGGAUGGCGACAUUCUCAUGGGUGACACAGCACUAUCGUCACCAGUCGUAAAAGCCGUCCAGCGGAAAACCACGAGUGAUGUGAAGAUGGAGGAGGAGGAAGAUGAAGAAUUAAUGAUAGUUGAAGAAACAACUGCCCAUCAUGAAGCGAAUGGUGCAAGAGUUAAUAUAACAGGCAAACGACCAGCGCCAAAAAUUAAGGAGCCGACAUAUCCAUCUCCUGCGUGCUCCUCUCCUUCCAGAGCCAAUGAUGAUGGUAUCGAUCCUUCGACAUGGAAUGAUGUCACGAGCAAAUUAAACGUUUUGAGCAGCCCCGCGGCCUCCGACUUUAAGACAUUUGGUAAACUUGCGGCUCCGGAUGCGGUCGAAGAAGAUGGAAGUCUCCUGUUCUUCUGGCUAGAUUAUGUCGAAAUCAACGGCAACCUAUGUCUUUUCGGCAAGGUUAAGAACAAAAAAUCAGGGAGCUAUGUCAGCGCUUUCGUUAAGGUCGACAAUAUAUUGCGAAAGUUGUACUUUCUUCCUAGACAGUAUCGGGUACGUCAUGGCCGUGAGACAGAGGAAGAAAUUGACAUGGAAGACGUCUAUAAAGAGGUGGCUGAGCUGAUGUCAGCAGCCAAAGUCACCAAGCACAAAAUCAAGGAAUCCGUUCGAAAGUACGCCUUCGAACUUCCGGAUAUUCCCAAAGAGGCGACAUAUCUUAAGCUUAUGUAUUCCUACGACAGCUCCUCUUUGCCCGUCGAUGUUAAAGGGGAAACCUUCUCUCACGUUUUUGGAACCAACACUGCGCUCUUCGAGCAGUUCGUGCUUUGGAAAAACAUCAUGGGUCCUUGUUGGCUAAAGCUCGAAAAUGCCGACUUUACAGCAGUCAAUGGCGCAUCCUGGUGCAAACUAGAAUGCCAGGUCUCGCAACCUAAGUUUAUUACCGUUGUUCCUAACUCAGAUAGCUUGGAAAGCCCACGGCUAACUCUCAUGAGUUUGGCAUUCCGAACGCAAUUAAACGUCAAGGAUAAUAAGCAGGAAAUCAUUGUCGCAAGCGCACGUGUUUAUGAGAAUGUGUCACUUACAGAUACAACGCCUCCCGAAAAGCUGCCUUGCAAAACAUUUACAGUGAUGAGGCCCACUGGUUCUUCAUAUCCGAUUGGAUUUGAAGCCGAAACUCGCAAACACCGUGGCACGUUUAUGCUGGAGAAGAGCGAGCAAUUUCUCCUAAGCAAGUUUAUGGCCCUGUUUGAGAAGAUGGAUCCGGAUGUCCUCAUGGGUCACCAACUCCAGGAAGUCGAUUUCAACAUUCUCCUUAACAGACUAUCUGAAAAGAAGACUCCUGGUUGGCAUCGCAUUGGCAGAAUGAAAAGGAGUGAGUGGCCAAAAAAUCUCUCUCGAGGUGCAAGUUUCUUCGCGGAAAGAAAGCUUGUAGCUGGCAGACUGCUUUGCGAUAUUGCCAAUGACAUGGGAAAGUCUUUGAUGGUAAAAUGUCAAUCCUGGAGUUUAACGGAGAUGUGCCAACUAUAUCUGGGAGACGGGAAUACCCGUCGAGAUAUCGACAACGAAGUGGCGUUGAAAACCUGGGCAACAUCGAAAGAAGGGCUUAUGAACUACAUCAGCCACUGUGAAGCUGAUACUUAUUUUAUCGCCGCACUCGUUCUGAAGCUUCAAAUGCUACCUUUAACUAAAGUGCUCACCAAUUUGGCCGGAAACUCAUGGGCCAGAACUCUUAGCGGUACCAGAGCUGAACGGAACGAGUAUAUUUUGCUGCACGAAUUCUACCGGAACAAGUACAUUUGCCCUGACAAGUAUGCCAGCAAAUAUCAGCAAAUGUCGCAAGCCAACGAAGAAGACGAGGAUGGAACGGGCAAGAAAAAGAAGGACAAAUAUAAGGGUGGUCUAGUGUUUGAACCUGAGAGGGGACUGUACGACAAGUAUAUCUUGGUUAUGGACUUUAACAGCUUGUAUCCCAGCAUUAUCCAAGAGUUCAAUAUCUGCUUCACAACGGUGGACCGUGCAUUGGUGGCUGAAAAUGAAAACGAGGAAAAAGUCCCUGAAGUUCCUACGGAACAAGCUCCAGGAAUUCUUCCACGACUCAUUGCUACUCUUGUCAACCGUCGACGUGAAGUUAAGAAGCUGAUGAAAGAUAAACGAGCAUCUCCAGAGGAUCUGGCUCUUUGGGAUACUAAGCAAAUGGCCCUCAAACUUACAGCCAACUCUAUGUACGGGUGUCUAGGUUACACACAAUCCCGAUUCUAUGCUCGAUCGCUUGCCAUGCUUACGACCUCCAAAGGUCGCGAGAUUCUUCGAAGCACAAAAGAGCUUGCAGAAAGUAAUCAACUGCAGGUUAUUUACGGCGAUACUGACUCCGUGAUGAUUAACACCAAUGCCGAUAAUAUUGAGGAGGCUUUGAAAGUUGGAAACACCUUCAAGCGGUUGGUAAACGAACGGUAUAAGUUGCUAGAGAUCGACAUUGACAAUGUCUUCCGCCGUCUCCUCCUUCAUGCGAAAAAGAAGUAUGCCGCUAUUAACAUGACUGAGGUUGAUGGAAAGUAUGUUGAUCAACUCGAGGUCAAAGGCUUGGACAUGAAGAGACGAGAAUACUGUGCCUUAUCCAAAGAGGUGUCAUCGAAACUUUUGAAUGAGAUUUUGUCUGGUGAUGAUCCAGAUGUAGUUCUUACAAAGGUUCACGAUUACUUGCGUGAGCUCACGGAAAAGAUGAAGGAGUUAGCAAUCCCUGUUCAAAAAUAUGUCAUUUACACGAAACUGUCCAAAGGUCCCGAUGAGUACCCCAACAAGGAGACUAUGCCCCCAGCGCAGGUGGCUUUGCGUGAACUCGCUCGAGGGAAAACCGUUCGUCCAAACGAUGUUAUUUCUUACAUUGUAACCAGUGGAGAUUCCAACACGUCAUCUCUACCACCUGCCAAACGAUCGUACACACUGCAAGACGUGAUAAAGCCCGAUUCUGGUCUUAAACCAGACGUUGAAUAUUACCUCCUGAAACAGAUCUUCCCGCCAAUUGAACGUCUUUGCGCCCCAAUACCCGGCACAGAUGCCGUCCGCCUUGCUGAAUGUCUUGGUUUGGAUGUUAGAAAAUACCAAAUCAACAUCUCCAACACUCGAGACCAACAGAACAUGGAGAUAUUCCCUCUAGAAUCACAAAUCCCAGACUCCAUUCGUUUCAAGGAUGCCUCACGAUUAACACUUCGUUGUCGAUUCUGUCACGAACGGACAUUCUUCGAAGGUCUUUCCUCGUCAGCAGAGAUGUGCACUGCCAACGGGCUUGUGUGUCCCAACACGGCCUGCGGAAAGCCCUUCAACAUCAUAUCCAUAGUGGCACAACUUGAGAGCCAGAUACGCGCUCAAACCGCAAAGUACUAUGAAGGCUGGCUAGUUUGUGAUGAUCCUUCGUGUGGAAACCGAACACGACAGAUGAGCGUGUAUGGCCGUCGCUGUCUAGGUCCUCGUGGACGCGCAGAGGGCUGUCUUGGCCGUAUGGGAUUUGAAUAUACGGAGAAGCAAUUGUAUAACCAACUGCUGUAUUAUGCUCGUCUGUGGGAUGUAGAUAAGGCAAAAGUUGCAGCUGACAAGGAACCCGAUCCUGAAAAACGGGACAAGAUCAUGGUCAUGGUUGAGUGGAAUCGGGCGCGGUUUGGGACAGUUAAGGGAGUAGUAGAUGCGUAUUUGAAGAAGUGUGGGCGGCAAUGGGUCGAUAUGGGGGUUCUUUUUGGGUUUGCAUUGGGGUGA